AUGCGCGCACUGAGCCAAAGGACUCCAGCUGAUGGAUCGGGAAGUCGAAUCUUGCUCAAGUCGAAAUCAUUUUUUCUUCGUGAAAGCACAAACUACGUUAUCCACAACCAGAGAAAAUCGAGCUACCAAACAUAUAUUCCUCAGCUCCUAAACGACGAGGAAGAGAAGAAGAAGAUGAAGGGACUUCUCCCAUGGAGUCGUUGCCCAAACUCAGCAUUCAUCUCCCUCCCUUUCCCGGCCGCUCCAAACCCCAAAACCCACAAACCCAAGUUACUCGCAAUUACCGCGACCCUCAGCUCGGUGGACGAAACCCCGCUCACGGCCCGAGAGAGAAGGAAGAUGAAGAACGAGAGGAGAGAAAGCAAGCCCGCUUACAAUUGGAAGGAAGAGGUCGAGAUGAGGCUUAUUGAAAAGCCCAAAAAGCGCUACGCCUCGUGGAAGGAUGAACUGAAUCUGGAUAAUCUCGCCAUGUUGGGGCCCCAGUGGUGGGUUGUUAAAGUCUCCCAAGUUUCGAGCCAGGAUAGCGCAGAAAGGAUGGCCCUCUCCAUGGCCCGAAACUUCCCUGAUGCGGAGUUUAAGGUGUAUGCUCCAUCAGUUCAAAUCAAGAAAAAAUUAAAGAAUGGCUCGAUUUCUGUUAAACCAAAACAACUGUAUCCCGGAUGUGUGUUCCUAAGAUGCGUGCUGAAUAAGGAUGUGCAUGAUUGCAUACGAGAAUGCCGAGGGGUUGGGGGUUUUGUUGGGUUUAUGGUUGGAAAAACAAAGCGGCAGAUAAAAAAGCCCAGGCCAGUCGAUGAACCAGCUAUGGAAGCAAUAUUCAAGCAAGCAAAGGAAGAGCAAGAAAAAGCCGAUCAAGCUUUUGAAGAAGAGCAACAAAAGGAACAAGAAUUGGAUUCUAAUGCCACGAAAAAGCCCGGAAGAAGAGGUGGAAAAGCUGAAGAAAAGCGUAUAGCGGGUAAAAUUACAGCCUUGAAACCUGGUUCGACUGUUCAAGUUGUAUCUGGGUCAUUUGCAGGCUUUUCUGGCACGCUUACGAAGGUUGACAAGAAGACAGGGCUGGCAACAGUUGGAUUUACAGUGUUUGGGAAGGAAACUCUGGCUGAUAUUCCUUCCAGUGAAAUUCUUGCUCAGGUGAAUUGACAGGCUACUUGUACAGAUUCUUUACUCGUAAAUUUACAUUAAAUUUACUCGUAAAUUUAUAUUAGCAGAGAACACAAAAAAACAAUGAGCAUGUUGUAUGAUCGGAGUCGAAAAUUAGAGGCCUAUUUAUCUGUUUUCUGCCAUUAUUGAUGAGAGAGAUAAAGAAAAUACAAUCAUGCAAAAUAGGUUCCGAUUAGGCGUGAUAAACAGGGAGAAAAUGGUAAUUUGUAGCUCGUAUUUUUCGGCAACAUGUAUGGAGAGGAAUAUAAAUGUUGUAAUUGUUAGGUCCUGAAUUUUAUUAUAUCUCGAGUUUUCAAAUGUUCAUUAUUAUGUCCUGAUUAAUGCUCUCAGUUUGAAAGCCACUUUAUAAGCUUGCUUUUCAACUCUUUGUUUACAAUAUUUGAUAAGUGAUAUUCUUAAAUUGCUCUCUUUCUCUGAACUUCUACAUUUCUUUAUGUGACAACAUAUUCGGA